AAAACUAGUCUAUAGAAGUUUGGAAAUGGCAUACUAUUAUUUCCUAUUUUAAUUUUUGUUGGAUGGAAGAUUCUAAUGCAUAUAUUUUAGGACCUCAGUAGCCAUGAUGUGUUAAUCCCUUUCUUCAUUGUUUGCAGGCAUCAUGAUCUUUAGGAUGCUUAUCCUAUCUGUGGCUUUUAUGGUGACAAAUUCAAUAGCUCUCACAGAACAACAAACAUACAUAAUACACAUAGACAAGACCAAGAUCGAAGCCUCAAUUCAUUCUCAAGACAGCUCAAAACCAUGGGUUGAAUCAAUCAUUGAUUUCAUUUCUCAAGCUUCAAUGCAGGAAGAAGAAGAGAUUUUAGCUCCUCGACUCCUUUAUACCUAUGAAAACAGCAUGUAUGGUUUUGCUGCUCAGCUUUCCAAGAAACACCUAGAAUACUUGAACCAAGUGGAUGGUUUCCUCUCAGCCAUACCUGAUGAACUAUCAACUCUCCACACAACAUACACUCCACAUUUUCUUGGCCUGAGGAAUGGAAAAUCACUUUGGACUGCUUCUAACUUGGUCUCAGAAGUGAUCAUUGGGGUCCUUGAUUCAGGAAUAUGGCCUGAACACAUCAGUUUCCAAGAUUCAGGUAUGUCCCCAGUACCUUCUCAUUGGAAAGGUGUUUGUGAGCAAGGCACCAAGUUCUCUUCCAAAAAUUGCAACAAGAAGCUUAUUGGUGCAAGAGCCUAUUACAAGGGGUAUGAAAACUAUGCUGGAAAGAUCAAUGAAACAGUGGAUUAUGUUUCCCCAAGAGAUUCCCAAGGGCAUGGAACACACACUGCCUCAACUGCAGCUGGUGAUGUGGUGAAAAAUGCCAACCUUUUUGGCCAGGCUAAAGGCACAGCAAGUGGAAUGAGGUACACCUCAAGAAUUGCAGCUUACAAAGUAUGCUGGCCUUCUGGUUGUACUAAUUCCGAUGUGUUAGCCGCCAUGGAUCAAGCGGUUUCUGAUGGGGUUGAUGUGUUGUCACUCUCUUUAGGUACUAUUCCCAAGCCUUUUUACAAUGACAGUAUUGCAAUAGCUUCAUUUGGAGCAACCAAGAGAGGAGUUUUUGUUGCUUGCUCUGCAGGCAACUCGGGCCCCUUUCCAUCUACAGUUGCAAAUGGUGCUCCAUGGAUCAUGACAGUUGCUGCUAGCUCCACUGACCGAACCUUUCCAACAAAGGUGAAGCUUGGCAAUGGAAAAAGUUUCAAAGGGUCAUCUUUAUAUCAAGGUAAGAAUACAAACCAAUUGCCCCUUGUCUAUGGAAAAUCAGCGGGUCCAAAAAGGGAAGCACAGUAUUGCAUUGAAGGCUCCCUUGAUCCAAAGCUUGUGCAUGGGAAAAUAGUUGCUUGUGAGAGAGGAAUAAAUGGUAGAACUGAAAAGGGAGAGGAAGUGAAAGUGGCUGGUGGAGCAGGAAUGAUACUACUCAACACUGAAAAUCAUGGAGAAGAGCUUUUUGCUGACUCUCAUAUUCUGCCAGCCACUUCAUUAGGGGCUUUAGCAAGUAAGACUAUUAGAAGCUACAUUCAAUCUGUUAAAAAAUCAACAGCUUCAAUUUCUUUUAUUGGAACAAGGUUUGGUGACCCUGCACCAGUGAUGGCAGCAUUUUCUUCUAGAGGACCAAGCAUAGUGGGACCAGAUGUGAUCAAGCCAGAUGUGACUGCACCUGGCGUCAACAUCUUGGCUGCUUGGCCUACCAAUAUUAGCCCAAGCUUUCUCAAGAGUGACAAAAGAAGAGUACUAUUUAACAUACUUUCAGGUACCUCAAUGUCUUGUCCUCAUGUUAGUGGCAUAGCAGCACUGCUUAAGUCCUUGCACAAAGAUUGGUCCCCAGCAGCUAUCAAAUCUGCUCUCAUGACUACUGCCUACACAUUGAACAACAAAGGAGCUCCAAUUUCAGACAUGGCCUCAAACAACUCACCAUUUGCUAACCCCUUUGCAUUUGGUUCAGGCCAUGUUAACCCUGUAAGUGCUUCUGAUCCAGGGUUAGUGUAUGAUAUCAGCACCAAAGAUUACUUAAAUUAUUUAUGCAGCAUAAACUAUACCUCCUCACAGAUUGCUUUAUUAUCAAGAGGCAACUUUGUUUGUUCUAAGAAAUCAGUUCUUCAAGCUGGUGACUUGAACUACCCUUCAUUUGCUGUUCUAUUUGGCAGAAGUGACUUAAAUGCUAGUGUGACAUACAAGAGGGUUGUCACAAAUGUUGGAAAACCCCAAAGUGGUUAUGCAGUUAAAGUGGAACAGCCAAAUGGAGUUUCAGUUACAGUUGAACCAAGGAAAUUGAAGUUUGGAAAACUGGGUCAGAAAUUGAGUUACAAGGUGACAUUUUUGGCAGUUGGCGGAGCAAGAGUUGGUGGUACCUCAUCAUUUGGGUCACUGAUUUGGGUAUCAGGUAGAUACAAAGUUAGAAGUCCUAUAGCAGUAACCUGGCAAUAGUGAAAGUGAAAAAUCUUUCUAAAGGGUGGUAUUUGAGAGAAGAAACAGAGUUUCUUCUUCUUGAUGGCCCACAUGACAUUAUUGUUGGAAGUUAUAUCAUGCAUAAUAAGUUCAUUAGUGGCAAAGUGAAAAUUUAAAUCGCUUCUUGCUGUUUAUUUUAGAUAUUGUUUUUGUAUGAACCAUUUAUACACUUUUGCGUCAUAAUCAUGUAAUCCUAAAUUUUAUAAUAGGCUUUGUAUUUCUCAUGAAGUUUCCUCAGAUCUUCAAGUAUGAAAGCUUAUUGCAU